AUGGCCCCACCCGAUUCGGCAAUCGCCGGAGCGGAACAUCCUCCAGACCCGGACGAGCAGCAAAUUCAAAAUCCUUUGUCUCGCAUUUUUUGGUUUCCCAACGUCGCUCGGGGACACCAAACCUCCAAUUUCCAGCUGAAGCCGCGAAAACAUACGGAACAACAGUACGGCUUUGAUAUCGAGUGGUUGUUGAGCGCGCUAAGCCGGCAGGUAAAUGGAUCCCCCGGCCCCCCGAUCCGCGCUAAGGUUUCCCGGUUCAGACCGCCCAUUGCAUCUGAAGGGUCUCCCUGCUUCAAGCAUAUGUUCGACAUCUCUCAACCACAUGGCCUCCGUUUCCCUAUUGCGUUGUAG